AUGUUGAAAUCGGUUGCAACCCCUUAUUAUCCUAUUCAGGAUAAUGAAAAACCAAGGCUUUUAUAUACAUCUGCUAAUUUCUUGGGACCAGAACUUAUCCGAAAAUCUAAUUUUUUCCAGCUUGUAGCUGAAGAUGGAAUACAGUUAAUUGAUUGUGGAGAUGUUACACCUGUAGAACUAAGUGAAACAGAGGAUCCACAACGUUUUGGAAUGAAAUGGUCACGGAGUUUCUCACUGACCACUUUAAAAAUAGCCGAACGUGUGGAGGGAUUAAUGAAACAGUCAACUAAACAUAAUACUGAAUCAAAUGAAUCAAAAUCAACUCCUUUAGUAAUUGUUGGUGGUGAUCAUAGUAUGGCAACUGGAACCAUACUUGGACAUGCUAAAGCUAAACCAGAUCUGUGUGUGUUAUGGAUUGAUGCUCAUGGUGACAUAAAUACACCACUGAAUUCAGCUUCUGGAAAUAUACAUGGAAUGCCUUUAAGUUUUCUAGUAAAAGAAUUACAAGACCAAAUACCGUGGUUGGACGACUUUGAAGGCAUAAAACCUUGUCUCAAUGCCAGUAAUAUUGCCUAUAUUGGUUUGCGGGAUUUAGAUGCUUAUGAAACAUAUGAUAUUAGAAAACAUGGCAUUGCUUAUUUUACAAUGCUGGAUGUUGACCGAAUGGGAAUAGAAGCUGUUAUUAAAGAAGCAUUGCAAGCAGUAAAUCCAAGAUUGGAGAAAGCUAUUCACUUGAGUUUUGAUAUAGAUGCACUGGAUCCUUUAGUAGCCCCGAGUACUGGCACUGCUGUUCCAGGUGGUUUAACAUUACGUGAAGGUUUAAGAAUAUGUGAAGAGGUUUCAGCGACAGGAAAACUUUCUAUAGUUGAAUUGGCUGAAUUAAAUCCUUUAUUAGGAUCUAAGGAAGAUGUUGUAAAAACUCAAUCAUCCGCUGUUCAGAUUUUGAGAGCAUGUUUAGGCCAUUGUCGUUCAGGUCAUUUACCAUUCAAUGUUCGUAAUUUAACUGAUCAAGAAAAAACAUUCUUAUCAGUUAAGCUAAUUGACAUAAACACUCAUAACGUGUAUAAAAAAUAUGAACGAUCAUUCAGUGGACAUGAGAAUUUAAUUUUCAACAUUGAUUAUGCUAACUUUAGUAUUGAAAAACAAAAAAAUGUAAAUGUAAAUUCAAAACGACAUUUAGGUUCAAUUGAUACAAAGCUAUUUGAUAUACAAGGUUUUAUACUGAAAAAGAAAUUCAAUAUGAAUAAUUUAAUUUUAUUUCCAUUUGAAACAGAUAAUCCAUAUGAGGAUGAUAGAAUAUUAGCACAAAUGAGUUAUGUUCCUGUACAAGUGUUAGAAGCACGUAAAAAUGGACGGAUUCUUAUGAAACGUAUUUAUUAUCCAAGUAUAUCCACUAAUUCAUUUCCCGAUCUGUCACAUUGUCCUGUGUAUGAAUGUAGUGUAAGUCAUACGAUUCAGCAAGCUGACUUAGUUGUUUUUGAAAAUGAUGCAGAACUUAGUAGCUUAAAGAAACAAAAGAAUCAAUCUUGGCUGAUUUAUCAUCUUGAAUCUCCACGACAUUUUUCAUUCCCUACGUUCAAAAACUUGAUUAAUUUUACCGCUACAUAUACAGUGGAUUCAACUAUAGUUACACCAUAUUAUAAAUAUGUACCAUUUUCAGAUAUGGUGCCAAAAGAUUUAAAUCAUUCAAUUGAAUUUGAUAAAGAUUUUUCUAAUGGUAAAACUAAAAUGAUUGCAUGGUUUGUAAGUAAUUGUAAUGGUGGUGGUCCACGAAUGAAUUAUGCUAAGGAAUUAAUGAAAUAUAUCAAGGUUGAUAUCUAUGGUGCAUGUGGAGAUCUAAUUUGUGAUAAAUAUAAUAGCAAGUGUUUUGAAUCAUUGAAAAAUGAUUAUAAAUUCUAUCUCAGUUUUGAGAAUAGUAUCUGUCAAGAUUAUAUUACUGAAAAGUUCUUUCUAAAUGCUCUUAAAAAUACUGUUGUUCCAAUCGUAAUGGGUGCAUCGAAAUCAGAAUAUGUAAGAUCAGCUCCAUCAAAUUCUUUUAUUCAUGUAGAUGAUUUUAAUUCUGUCAAACAAUUAGCGGAUUAUUUGUACUAUCUAGACAACAAUAAAACUGCUUAUAAUGAAUACUUUAAAUGGCAUAACCAUGGAACAGUUGAUUUUAAUACAUUCACUGAUUGUCGACUAUGUAUGCUGGCGCAUGAAAUCGAUAACUUGGAACGACCUUAUUGGUAUGAAGAUGUAAAUCAAUGGAGAGAGAAUAGUUGUGAAAAUCGUAAAUUUCCGAUUAUUUGA